GCCAUAUUGAAUUUUGAUUUGAAUUUAUUUUUCAAAAAUCAAAACCAAAAGCUGUUUUUAACACGAACUGUGCAAGUAUUCUACAUGCAUUUGCAAUGGACUCAAAACGGAUAUUUCCUGGAUCUAAAUAUAUAAAAUCCAUGUGAAAGGGUCGUUGAAGAGGACCAAAAUAAGCGUUAAUAAUUUAUAUUUUUUGAAUGUCUGCCGAAUUUUUUAUGAAAAAUCAAAACAAAAUUUGAAUAUCGACGGUCAGAGAAUUAGAAGGUAGUCUAAGGAUGUAUCGUGGUUGAUUCAGUUAUCACUGUUGUAAUGCCUUUGCUGAAACAUUGUUUGAUGAUCUAGAUGUGAUCAGAACAAGUUAGAAUGUCAAUGUAUAAACCAUCACCUCGAACUCCAUAUCAACGAACUAAUCAGCAUUACAGUGGUACCCCUGAGAGGCAGCAUAGUGCACCAAGUAGUGCUGGCAGCAGUGCGCCUCAAUCACCAUCUAGAUGGAUGGAUUGGGAGCAACAACUACAGGCUUAUGUGAACUGGAUAAACUCUCAGUUGAAGAAACGGCCAGGGGUCCGACUAAUUGAAGAUCUACGCAAUGAUAUAAAAGAUGGUGUUGCACUUAUAACUCUCAUUGAGGUUGUUGGUAAAGAACCACUGGCAGGUGUACAUAAAGUACCUAGCAACAUACAUGAGAUGAGAGACAAUGUGGAUAAGGUGCUACAGUUCAUGCAGAUGAAGAAGAUAAGGAUGCACAGGACACAUGUUAAUGAUAUAGUAGAUGGGAACUUGAAGGCCAUAAUGCGAUUGAUACUGGCCCUGGCUGCACAUUACAAACCCAACAGUGUGAAACAGUCCACCAGACAAUCCAGCAAUAUUGAGUCAACACCUAAGAACACUGCUAACAUGGGACUGGCUGGUAUGGCCCAGGGUGCAAUGGUUGCCUUGUCUGAUGCCAGGAGGGAUGUAGCCAGAGUAGGGCAGAAGAUCAGGAGACCAUUGAAUUUCAAUGGAGAUCACAGGCCUUAUUACAGCAGCUCUGACGCUGACUCCUCCGAAUACAGCUUUGCAAGCUCACAGCCUUUAUCUCGUAGUAGCCAGCGAGAUGCUGAUGGCGCUAGUUGCCAUGGCAGCCCAAACACCAGUAUACAUGGGAGUCCAAGGACUAGUUUGCAUGCGGUUAAUGAAAGUAGGAAUUCACCAGUGAGGCCAAAUGGUCUUCCAAAGAGUAUGUCCCAAGAUUUUGAAACAAGUUUACAUGACUCGCAUAAAAAAGAUGUAAAAGCUGCUGUUUCUGAUGCCAAACUUGAAAACAUGUGGAUCGGUCUACUACAGGAGCACAGUAUUCUCCAGUAUGAUAUGUCGGACACCAAGACCACAUUGUUACAACUUCAAGACCUAUUACUGCGGGGAGACUUACCAGAUGGAGAAGACUCUAGUAACUGUAUAGAAGCUACCAAUGAUUCAGAUCAACUUGUGAUUUUGAAUGCGAAGCUCAUCAAGUCAGAGAGCCUGUGCAAUGACCUGAGGGAAGAGCUGUCAAAGGUGAAAACUGACUGCAUGGAGCUACAAGGGACGAAGUCUGGCUUGCAACAGCGACUGUCAGAACAAGAGAGCUCACUACUACAGAUGAAGGCAGAGAUGUUACGUUUAGGCUUCACACAAGAAAAUUUAGAAUCGGAAAAGAUUGAGUUGCAGAAGCGACUCAAUGAGAAGGACAAGCAGAUCUCAGAGUUGAAGAAACAGGUCCACCAGAGAGACAUACAUCUACAGCAGUCACAGGCCAAUGACAAUUUAAGAUCUCAAGUUCACCAACUUAACUCAAAACUACGACAUGUCGGAGAAUCUGAGGCCUCACUUUCUGCAAAAAUUGCGUCACAUGAUCAGAAAAUGGCUCAGCUUGAGGGGAAGCUAUUACAAAGUAUAGAUGGCUCUCCUAGACAAUCUCCGCUUAAAGCUGUACAUCCUGGUACCACAGAGGAAAUCAUGGUUAUGAAAGAAUCUCUACAUAAUCUACGGGGCAGUUUUCCCCGCAACGACCCCCAUCAUCACACCAUUGACACACUAGAACAGAGCGUCUCAUCACUACUGGAACAACUUCAGGUCACUCGAGAGAGGAGGGAUUCCAGUGACAGCAUAACUAGAAGACUGAACUUUGAUUCCACUGGGGACACCAGGCGGUCCCCUAUUACAGCAUUACCAGGCUUUCCUGUACAGAGACUUGACAACCAACCAGCUAAUGGCCAACAAUUGACAAAGGUGCUAUACUUCACUGACAGAACUGUCACCCCAUUCAUGUGCAACAUUCCAAAAAGGUUAGGAGAGAUUACUCUUAGAGAUAUCAAACAGAUUGUUACACGACCUGGAAACUUCAAGUACCACUUUAAAGCACUAGAUCCAGAGUUUGGUACUGUAAAAGAAGAGAUGGAUCAAGAUGAUGACAUCAUACCAGGAUGGGAAGGCAAGAUAGUGGCAUGGAUAGAGGAGGAUCAUGGGUAAUGCUAUGAAUUAUGGGACUGAACCAGACGAAUGAUGGGAAUACCAUCAAUACUACUCCAAAUAAAGACAUCAUGAAAAUAUGUGAUAUCUUCACUUCAAUGGUGAAAAGGUAGCUGUGAAAAAUACAUUGCAAUAUAUAAAUGAAUGAUACAAAUACAGGAUAACUGGGAACUGGAAAUUGACUUAGCAAAAUGAUAAUAUAAAUUAAUCUCAUAGGUAAACAGGAAAUGUAUUGCCAAUUGUUCAUUUACAAAACAUCAGUGGUGAACUGUUUGGAACACUUCAGCCUUGAUUAGCCAUAGCGGUGUUGAGGAAAAGGCGAAGAUGAGGAACAGGUGGUUGCAUGACAAUUGUGUAGU